AUGCACAUAUGUGCAGAUUUCUCCACUGGGUUGAACGAUGCCCUCGAAUCCAACAAUACCCUCUACCAUUGCCGGAGGACAUCUUCAAUCGUAUGGCUGGCUGUACCAUGUUCAGCAACAUCAACCUCUUCGACGCCUACUUACAAGUGUCGGUGGCUAAAGAAAGUAGGAAGCUCGAAUCAAGAGCGGCUCGGGGCAUUUCUACAAAUUAUGGACGUCAUGUUCAGCAGAAUACCCUGCAUCACUCCAUUCAUCGACGAUAUCCUCGUUGUUGGUCGUUCUCCCGAUGAACACAAACGCAACUUGCGUUUGACACUUCAACGCAUGGAAGAAUAUGGUUUCACCCUAAAAAUUCAAAAGUGUCGAUUUUUCAUGCGCCAAGUGAAGUAUCUGGGUCAGCUACUGAACUCCCAAGACAUCCGUCCAGAUCAAGACAAGGUCAAGGCAAUCGUCAACAUGCCUCCACAUCAUGACGUUUCCAGCUUUCGGUCUUAUCUACUACGGAAAGUACAUCCGGGAAAUGACAUCGGAGACAAGGAAGAUGAAACACUACAGCAAGUGAUGCGUUUUGUGCAACACGCCUGGCCGGAUAAGAAAUCGUUCACCGGUGCCUCCGACGUGCAACAGUUCUUCGCGCGUCUAGGAGUCGUCGUUUGUCGCACAGAAGGUUUUGAUGUAUGA